GUAGCCGUGUCGGUCGCGAUACUCGUUCCGUCGAGAGAAGAAGAACCAGUUGUGUGUGUGUUCGUCUAUCGUCGCGUCGUUGUCGUCGUCGUCGUCGUCGUCGUUCCACAUCGCGUAUUCGCGUUUAACCUUUUCCCCAUCGUUGUCGCGGCUACGCGCCGUAAGAUUUUUCGUUUCUUUUCGCGCGACUAACCUACAUACGCGGCCAGCAAUCAUGGCGAAUCGCGGCGAGUCGAGACGCGUCAACGAUUAUUCGUCGAUAAAUGGAUGGUUCUCGGGUGCGAGGACUAGGAAGAGGAAAAACGCGUAACCGAAUCGCGAGCGUUAAUGGUGCGCAAUCGGUCGGAGACAUUCGUGCGUUAUCGUUCGAUGUCGUCGAAAGCAGCUCGUGCAGAAGCAAGGUCGUGACAGGGGAUAAGUUUCGUCUGGUUCUCGCGACGACCUUGAGAGAGGACGGCUAUCCGGAUGGAGGGGAGUGGAACGCGACGGAACAGGAAGGAGGCUCCAGGGCAGACAGUUUCGAAUACGUGAUGUCUGGAAAGGUUUUCCGAAUCGAGGGCGACGAAGCCAGCAACGAGCCCAGCAGCAGAUUGUCUGCCUACGUAUCGUUCGGAGGACUGCUGAUGAGGUUACAGGGUGACGCAAACAACCUACACGGUUUCGAGAUUGAUCAGCAUAUGUACCUACUCAUGAAGAAACUCGCGUUCUAACUGCGCCAUACGUUGGAACAUGACUUGGGAAAUUUAUAUCUUGAAUAUUGUUUUCUUAGAGCAUAAAGAUUACUAGAACUAGUCGAAGUUCGCGACCACUGAUGUGCAUUUAAAAAAGACUUAUACCUUGUACCUUUCACGAAAACAGAGAAUCGUAAAAAAGAUUCUUAUUUAUUUCAGACUCUUCAGUCGUGAAUAUACGGAUCUUGAUCAAGAGCAUUGCCACUGCCACAAUUUCUAAGACACACACAGUGAUCAAUAAAGAUAUUUUUCCAUGUUAA